AUGGCUGAAUUAAAUGCAUUAACGAAUUCAACUGACAAACCUUUGCAUGGUCGCCACAGGCAGGUAAUUAGUGAUGACUUGGCGUCCGUGUUCUUCUUCGUCAACUACGUCAGUCUUGGCCAGGCCAUCAACGUCUUUGGGAUCCUGACCAACAUGCUCAGCAUCUACGUCUUCAUCAAAAUGGGCUUCAGGGACACCGUCAACAUCAGCUUGAUUUGUCUGACAAUGUCCGAUCUGUUUUCCUUGCUGACGUUAUUUUUGUUUAAUCUUUGUCAGACGCCGGAGUUCUAUAACCUCAACCUGCCAUUUGAACCCUAUGACGUGGCGUUUUUAACAGUCGGGUGGGGUCACGUCGGGUUCAGCCGCAUCACGUGCAGCCUCACCGCUUUCAUCUCCAUAGAGAGGUGCUUCUGCAUCGCCUUGCCCUUGAAGGUGAAGUCCAUCCUGACGCCUUUCCGUACCUGGAUCAUAGUCCUCGCCUUGUUUCCCAUCUCCUACUUAAGCAUACUCCCAAUCUACCUUACAGCCAGUCUGACAACCCAAUUUUCCUUGUAUCGGAAUCGCUCGCUGCUUGUUAUGACCUACAAUAACCAACGCGGGUACAUGGAAUCGAUCUCGUCCAUCGUCAACAACAUCAUCCCGGUUUCCUCUUUUAUCAUUAUCGUCGUCACGACCCUCAUCAUUGUAUUCGAGCUACAACGAAAAGCAACAUGGCGGAAAACGUCAACUGGAAAUAAAACAGUCUCGAACAACAAGGACAAAAAAGUCGAAAAAAUGGUCAUGUUUAUUUCUAUAAUCUUCAUCAUCUGCUACCUACCAUGUGAGAUUUUGUUCCUAUGGAUGCUGAUAGACCCAGAGAUUCGAUUUGACGGGAAGGAGAGUAACCUAUUCAAAGUGUCGGUAUCGAUACUGUAUCUGGCUGAAACUGUGAACGCUUCAGUUAACAUCUUUGUUUAUUACUUCAUGAGCAGUAAAUAUAAACAAGUUCUCAAGAAAAUGAUAUUCAAGUAG